CCGGGGCCGGGCUGUAGGGGGCGCUGUGGUCGGGUGCGGAGGGUGUGUUGGGGCCGCAGUGCGGAACCAGCGACACAACAGCAGAAGCCGCAGUCACGAGCAGCGGAACAAUGGCCGCACUCCUCAUCGCAGCACUUUGUAUCAGCGCAGCGAUCGCCAGCCCUCUCUUAGACCUGACCCCAUGUGCUGAAGGCCCGACCUUCUGGUGUCAGAACAUCAGGAGAGCCUCGGAGUGCGGUGCGGUGCAGCACUGUGUACAGACAGCCUGGAAGCAGCCCACAGUGAAAGGUCCAGUGUGUGACCUGUGCAAAGAUGUCAUCGGUGUGGUGGGCAGUCUCUUGAAGGAAAAUGCUACAGAGAAAGAGAUGCUGGAUUACCUGGACAAAGCCUGCAAAAUGCUUCCAAGUCCCGACUUGACCAAAGAAUGCGAGGCACUGGUCGAUGACUAUCUGCCCGUCAUCCUGAAUAUCCUCAAGGGAGAACUGGAGAACCCUGAGGUGGUGUGUAGCGCCUUGGGUCUCUGCAAAUCCCUGCAGAAGGAGCUCCAUCACAAAGAAAUCCUCUCCAACGAGAUUCCCGAGGUGGCCCUACCCGCCGAGGUGGACAUGGCCAAGUUGACCGCUCCUUUCAUUGCCAACAUUCCUCUUCUCCUGUAUCCACAGGAGAACAUCAAACCCAAGAGCAGUGACGACUUGUGCCAUGACUGCAUCGACUUUGUCACCAAGGUUCAGGUCGCGGUGAAACUCAACCGAUCUGUAGCGGACGACAUAAUCAACGAAAUCAGCAAACAGUGCAGCACCCUGGGCACUGAGCUCCGCGAUCUGUGCAAGGAGUACAUCUCCAUGUACGCUCCAGAGGUCCUUCGUGCCCUGAUGCAGAUGGAGCCCAAGAAUAUCUGUGAGAAAUGUGGCUUCUGCGAGGAACCAGCCACCGUGCCAAUGCUGCUGCUGCAGAAAGCCAAGGUCCUGCAGCCCGUCCGGACGAACAUGAUGCAGCCAAAGUUGUCACCGCAGUGUGCAAUUUGCGAGUUUGCACUCCGAGAGCUCGGCAGCUUCCUGGACCAGAACAAGACUGAGGAAGCUAUAACUAAAGGAGUGGAGGUGGUGUGCAGCCUGUUGCCUGCCACACUGAAAGCUGAGUGCCAGGCCUUUGUUGACCAGUAUGGCAAGGCUGUGAUCCAGCUGAUCAUGGAGGAGAUGAGCCCGGAUUUGGUGUGCACUUUCCUGGGCCUCUGUCUGGGCUCCGAUCAUAAUGUUGUUGAAAAAAUUAACCCGAAGGAGUUGGAGGCAGGCCCUCUGUGUGAGGUGUGUAAGAUAGUGAUGCAAGAUAUAAUCAACCUGCUGGAGACCAACGCAACCGAGGCCGAGAUCGAGGCCGCCCUCGACAAAGUCUGUAACCUGCUCCCCGAGGGAAUACGGGACGAGUGUAACCAGCUUGUGGCUCAGUACGGUUCGGCAAUUCUUCAGAUGCUGAUGCAGGUUUUUGACCCCGACUUUGUCUGUAUUAAAAUUGGGGUUUGCGAAACUGGGAAGCCGAGGCUGUUGGGGCAGGAGCACUGUGUCUGGGGUCCCAGCUACUGGUGUAAAGACAUGGAGUCCGCUCGUGAGUGCAACGCGGUGGAACACUGCACUCGCCACGUCUGGAACUAAGUGCUGCCCUCCGGGGGACAACUGCAGGAGUGUUCCUUUUUUUUGGUCUGGUUUAUAAAUGGGAAUUUCCUUCGUAGCUCUUAAAUUGUACUGUGUGUUUCUCGAGUUGACCUGUGGAGCGCAACCAUCGCUUUCGGGGAAAUCUUUGUGUUAAUGUUUUUCUGACUUCUUGUAGUGGGGAGGUGGUUUUGGGGUGGGGGGCGGUGGGGUAGGAGGAGGAGAGAGGGUUGGGGGCUGCGUGGGUAGGGUGGAGGAGGGGUGAAUGUUGUAUUGGACUUGCAACUCUUUGCCCUCCAGUCUGCCAGCUCACUCUGUUGUGGGCAUUAACUGGGCAGCUGCAGGAGGUCGGCACUGUUAGGGUAAAUCGAAUGUAGACUUCCUACACUGGUGGUUAAGUGCCACAGUUGUAUGAUUUCUCCCCCCCCCCCCCCAACCCACGUUUGAAAAUAAUGUGUGUCUCUGUGAACCGCUUGGUGCCAGUUAACCGCUUGAAGCAUUAACGCAACGCGGCCCUUUCCUCUUCCUCCCCCUCGCUUUCCGAGAUUGGUUGUUGUUUUUCUAUUGUUGAGCCGGGUUUUGGAGCUUGUCGCUGAUUGAGCUUGAAGUGUCUUGUGCCCAGAUCAGAGCUGCUCGGGUACCUCUCAGUCUAACUCUUCUAAUACAGUUUAAAAAUCUCUGUGAAUUGCACUAAAUCCAGUUGAUCAAUAAAAUCUGAAUUAAACCCGACCUGGUUACAAAA